GCCGGUGCUGGGUGCCAUCCAAGAUUUCCUGAUGAUGCGGCAUAUACUCAACCUGACAAAUCCAUAUAUUUUAAACUCGUUCCAGAUCUCCAAUCAAUACCAUUCGGAGCAUUUCAUACCUAGUUUGUUAUAGAUCACCAUGUCCGAUUCUUCGACCUCCGGACUCUUUUCCCCCAUCCGCGUGGGCAACUUCAACUUGCAGCACCGGGUUGUCCUUGCCCCACUUACCCGCUUGCGUGUACACGCAGAUGGUGUCAUAACCCCACAAGCACCAGCAUACUAUUCUCAGAGAGGGUCUACCCCUGGUACUCUUCUCAUCACAGAAGGCACAUUCAUAUCCCAGAGCGCUGGUGGUUAUGAUUAUCUCCCUGGGAUAUAUACCGAUGCCCAUCUGGAUGGAUGGAAAAAGGUAACAGAAGCAGUCCAUGAGAAAGGUUCUUUCAUUUUCCUACAACUCCUGGCGCUCGGCCGCAACGCAGAAACAGCCGUUCUUGCCAAGGAGGACAAUAGUCCCCUCGUCGGUGCCUCACCCAUCCCCCCGCCGGGCAAAACAGAUGUGCCACGUGCGCUCACCACGGAUGAAAUCAAAGAAUACAUUGCCAUGUAUACCACUGCGGCAAAAAAUGCCAUUCGAGCUGGUUUCGAUGGCGUUGAAAUCCAUGGCGCAAAUAGCUUCUUGAUCGACCAGUUCAUACAGGAUAUCAGUAACCAACGCACAGAUGAAUAUGGCGGAAGCAUCGAGAAUCGCGCAAGAUUUGCACUUGAAGUAACGGAUGCCAUUGUCGAGGCCAUUGGUGCUGAGAGGACCGGGUUCCGAAUUAGCCCAUGGGGCCAUUCAGCAGGUAUGGGCAUGGCAGACCCCAAACCCCAGUUCUCCUACGUGGUUGAGCAGCUGCGCAAACACAAACUCGCAUACAUCCACGUCGUGGAGCCGAUGCCUGCCGAAGUCACUGCUGAAAAAAACAGCGAUUUCCUCCGUGAUAUCUGGCAAGGUGUUGAAGGCAGUACCUUCAUCAGCGCAAACGGAUAUACCCGGAAUACCGCAAUUGAGACGGUAGACAAGAAAGGCGGCCUUAUUGGAUUCGGGAGGUUGUUUAUGCCGAACCCCGACCUUCCGUUCCGCUUGCAAAAGGGUAUCGCACUUGAGCGCGGUGACCGAGCAACAUGGUACAUGGGCGGUGAUCUCACACCAGCGGGUUAUUCGGAUUGGCCCUUUGCACCAGAGAACGAUCAGCAAUAGA